GUAUUACAUCUUGUUGUGAACUAAAACCGACAUCUUCAUCAACUUAAUGGCUAUCUGCUACAAGAAUGGCAGAAUUCUAAUUCCAAUUCAGACAGAAACACACCAUCAAUCCCACUUCCUUCAAAUAAAUAACAGGAACGAGGGAAAUCUGCUGUUCUGAACCCCUGUACAUACUAAUCCACUACAGAUCUCCAUAUCACGAAUUCCACAAGAGAGCAUUAAAAUAAGCUCUAAUGUUGAAAAAAGAAAAGGAAAAAACCAAGCAAAAAUAUCACCGCAGAGUUGUAGCAUCAUACAUAAAACUUAGAAGCCUGCUUUUUAUGUUUUGAAAAGAAAAGCAUAGCAAUGAAUAUAGGGAUGUAACAGGACCGCGUCCAGCUUCAUGGUGGAACUAUGGGCAUGUAGGGAAGGUUUAAGGCUGGCUUGUUCCUUGGGAAUUUUUCAUUUGGUGCUUGAAAUGGACUCCAUGUUGGUAGUGCAAUUGGUCCGAGCUCAAUCGGUUGGUACUGGAAUUACUUCGUCCUUGUUUGCUGAUAUUUACUCCUUGUUGAAUUCAUUCAUUGAGCCAUUGUGUUAGACGCCACACAGUGGAUAUGGCGCAUUUAGGCCACAGUAUGGCUCUGGGAACAACUCUUUUCAUGACACCUCCAGCAGGUUUGAGCUUGAUCCUCCAUGGGGACAUUAUUGGGGACUCCUUUCCUAAGGACUUGAGCUGAUUUCUUACUCAUGUACUCAAACAAAAACACACACACACAAAAACAAAAACACAGGCAGAGAAAAGUAUAGCAAUAAUUUAAGAACAAGUUGACAAGUAAAACUAAAAUCUCAAAGGGGGCUAAAUUGACCCUUAAAUGGCCUUGAAGCUUCAGCUUGAACCAUUGUGCUUUGUGCAUAUUCUCCAAAUUAGCCACACAUUUCUGAUACAUCCCAUUGCAUUCACUUCUUCCAGAACUUAGGCAUCUCUUGACCCAUUAUCUUUGUCCAGUUCUGUAUCAACCAUGCAUUAAUUUAGGAUUCAAGUAAUGGACUUUUGCACAAGAUCCAAUAUCAACUCUUUCUGUUGAUCAUUAAUUUGAGGUUAACACGCCUGCAAGAGAGCAACUGGCAUCUCCCUCUUAAUGGCCCUUGCAGCAUCUGAUUCACUAAUGGUCAUAUUUGGUUGGAACUGCAUGCUGCAUAAUCAUACUUUUUUAUGCAAUACUUUGUGAGAAAGUUUCAAAAAUUCAGCAAAAGAGGCCUUCCAAAAGGAAUGAUUUGUCAUAUUGUAGUGGCCAGCAGCUCAAGACUCGAUUAUGAUUUUUGUUGCUCUAUCAAGAACAGACUUUAAAAUGAGAAAAGCUCCAUCUCCAGCAAGAUAAUUUCAAUUUUGAAUUACAAAUCAAUUUGCACAUAUUAGAUUAAAAACAGGUAUACAAUCACGUUUAAUUCAUCCUGAAAACUGAAAAAAGAGGAAGUAUUGUUCCAAGCAAUAUAAUGUAAGCUAGAUAACCAUGGCUCCCAAGUUAGGGAAUAAGGCUAUAAGCACACAGAGCUCCAUGUAAUCUAGUUGAAUCUCAGUUUGAUCAAAGCUGGACUCAACUAACCCAUUAAGCUUAAUAACAGCUUGAACCCAAAUUUAGGCUCAUUGCUUCAGCUAAGGGACUAUUUCCUCAUUUUAUAUUCAAUAUCAAAGCUUGUAAGCCAUUCACAAAAAAGCUUGCCAUCAACU